AGAGACGCAGGCACCCUCCUCCGCCCCCGCGUCGAUGGGGCCCCUGAGGUCAUCGCGAGAGACCCGUGAGGGUAGGACGUGGAGGGAGGUCGAGAGGGAGGGGAAGACAGAGCCCGGCCCUCCGCAGUGCCAGCCGCAGCUCGCGACCUCGAGACCCCGACAUCCAGCAAACCGCAGCCGGAGAGGCAGGCGAGGGGAAGGACGCGCGCUGCGCCCCCGACGCACGGAGACAAAGAGCCCCCGCCCCUGGCGCAGCGCCUAGGCUGCAGCGUUCGUGGGGGUCUCGGGCCGGGCUCCCUCCGCCCCCGCGGGGGAGGGGCCGUGCUUUGUACUCGCCGGGCCGCAGCCCGAGCCCCGCCGCCGCUCCAGCUCCGCCCUUCGAACGCAGGCUGCUGCAGUGCGGCUUUGUCCCCUCCAGCCACGGCCUGUGGCGCCGGUGGCACCAUGAUCUCAACCAAGGAGAAGAAUAAAACCCCGAAGGACAGCAUGACGCUUCUGCCUUGCUUCUACUUUGUGGAGCUGCCUAUUGUGGCAUCCUCCAUUGUGUCCCUGUACUUCCUGGAGCUGACUGACCUUUUCAAGCCAGCCAAAGUGGGCUUCCAGUGCUAUGACCGCACACUUUCCAUGCCGUACGUGGAGACCAAUGAGGAGCUAAUCCCACUGCUCAUGUUGCUCAGCUUGGCCUUUGCUGCCCCUGCCGCCUCAAUCAUGGUUGGCGAGGGCAUGCUGUACUGUCUGCAGUCCCGGUUGUGGGGCCGUGGUGGGGGACCUGAUGGGGCCGAGGGCAGCAUCAACGCUGGCGGCUGCAACUUCAACUCUUUCCUGCGGCGCACUGUCCGGUUUGUGGGCGUCCAUGUGUUCGGCCUCUGUGCCACAGCCUUGGUGACUGAUGUCAUCCAGCUGGCCACAGGCUACCAUGCACCAUUCUUCCUCACGGUCUGCAAACCCAAUUAUACUCUGCUGGGCACAUCGUGUGAGGUCAACCCCUACAUUACACAGGACAUCUGCUCUGGCCAUGAUACCCACGCCAUCCUGUCUGCACGGAAGACCUUCCCAUCCCAGCAUGCCACACUGUCAGCCUUUGCUGCAGUCUAUGUGUCGAUGUACUUCAACUCAGUUAUCUCAGACACCACGAAACUGCUCAAGCCCAUCCUGGUGUUUGCCUUCGCCAUCGCAGCGGGUGUCUGUGGGCUCACUCAGAUCACACAGUACCGCAGCCACCCUGUGGACGUCUAUGCCGGCUUCCUCAUUGGUGCUGGCAUCGCUGCCUACCUGGCCUGUCAUGCAGUGGGCAACUUCCAGGCCCCUCCUGCAGAUAAACCAGUGGCCCCUGCACCCUCCAAGGAUGCACUGCGGGCCCUGACACAGCGGGGCCAUGAUUCAGUUUAUCAGCAGAACAAGUCUGUAAGCACAGAUGAGCUGGGCCCUCCAGGGCGGCUGGAGGGUGUGUCCAGGCCUGUGGCCCGGGAGAAGACCUCUCUGGGCAGCCUAAAGCGGGCCAGCGUGGAUGUGGACCUGCUGGCUCCACGCAGCCCCAUGGGCAAGGAGAACAUGGUGACCUUCAGUAACACACUGCCCCGAGUCAAUACACCCUCACUGGAUGACCCCGCCCGCCGCCACAUGACCAUCCACGUCCCACUUGAUGCCUCUCGAUCCAAGCAGCUCAUCAGUGAGUGGAAACAGAAGUCUCUGGAGGGCCGUGGCCUGGGGCUGUCCGAUGAGGCCAGCCCAGGGCACCUACGGGCACCCACUGAGCCCAUGGCAGAAGAAGAGGAAGAGGAGGAAGAGGAGGAGGAGGAGGAAGAUGAUGAUGAGGAAGAUGGCCCUGCCCCACCCUCACUCUACCCCACUGUCCAGGCAAGGCCAGGGCUUGGGCCCCGGGUCAUUCUUCCAUCACGGGCAGGGCCACAACCCCUGGUGCACAUCCCUGAGGAGGGAGUGCAGGCAGGGGCCAGCCUGUCUCCAAAGAGCAGUGCCACAGUCCGUGCCAAGUGGCUCAUGAUGGCUGAGAAGGGUGGGGCAGCCAUGGCUUCCAGCACCACACAGCCCCGUGUGGCCAAUCCACCACGGCUGCUACAGGUGAUUGCCAUGUCUAAGGCCCCAGGUGGGGCUGGCUCCAAGGCAGCAGAGACUGCCUCAUCCUCCAGUGCCAGCUCCGACUCCUCCCAGUACCGGUCGCCGUCGGACCGAGACUCAGCCAGCAUCAUUACCAUCGACGCACAUGCACCCCACCACCCUGUGGUCCACCUGUCUGCGGGUAAUGCACCCUGGGAAUGGAAGGUGGCUGGAGGUGGGGCCAAGGUUGUGGAAGGUGAGGGUGGCUAUGAGCUAGGGGAUCUGGCUCGUGGCUUCCGCGGUGGAUCCAGGCCACCAGGGGUGUCCCCUGGCUCAUCCAUCAGUGAUGUGGACCAGGAGGAGCCUCGGUUUGGGGCCGUGGCCACUGUCAACCUGGUCACAGGUGAGGGCCUACCCCCACUGGGCUCAGCUGAUGGGGCUCUGGGGCCAGCCAGCCGGGAUUCAAUGGUCCGGCACCAGGCAGGCAGCCUGGCGCUGGCAGAAAGGGAGGCUGGUGAGGCAGAAGUAGAGAGCUACUACCGGAAGAUGCAGGCCCACAGGUUCCAGGACUGAAUCUGGCUACUACAAACUUGUCCAAUGGACCAGGGUGCAUUUUUCAAGCCCCUGCAGGGGUGCAGUGGGGGAAUCCCUUAUGGAUAGGGAGGGGGGGAACAAGGGACUGGGGAGUCAGCAUUUGAUGAAUCAAUAAAAGAGGCAGAUCCUGUGAAGUGAGUCUUGUCUGGUACUGCAGAUUCCUGCCUUACAGGGGGGAGGAUCCUGCCAAGCACACUUCACACCCAUCUAGACCCUUUUUCACAAAGGCAGGUUGUGACCUUAUUGCUGCCUGACCUGGGGGUGGGCAAAGGCCCAAAAGCUCUCACUUCCCUUCCAAAAUUUGCUCUGAAACUUUCACUUUGGGCAAGUAUAUGGGGAAAAAAUGGCCAAAGGCUGGGUACUGUAGCUCAAACCCAUAAUCCAAGCCAAGGUGGGUGGAUUGCCUGAGCUCAUGAGUUCAAGACCAGCCUGAGCAAGAAAAAGACACGCCCUCACUCCACCCUAGUCUCUUAAAAAAAUAGCCAGGUGUUGUGGCAGGAACCUGUAGUCCCAGAUACUCAGGAGGCUGAGUCAAGAGUUGAGGUUACUGUGAGCUGUGACACGAAGGCACUCUACUAGACGACAAAGUGAUACUUUCUCAAAGAAAUACAAAAUGAAACCAGUUUUGGGUCCUUGUGAGGUGGCUCAUGCCUGUAAUCCUAGCACUCUGGGAGGUCAAGAUGGGUAGAUUGCUUGAGCUCAGGAGUUUGAGACCAGAAUGAGCAAGAGCAAGACCUUGUCUCUAAAAAUAGCGGGGCAUUGUGGCAGAC